AUGCGAGAGCAGUUAUUCGAAGAACAAGGGGAAGUGAUAUGUAUCUGGAAAAACGAUGGACAACCGUGUUUUUAAUCGGCCAAGCCAAAGAUAGGAACCAGAAUGAUUAUUUGGACGCUGAAGCUGUGAUAUACGGAGACGUUAUACGAGGGAGUCACAACGAUCAUUACCACAAUCUAACUCUGAAGACACAAAUUGGUAUAGAGUGGGCAGCAAGAUACUGUGAUUUCAGAUUUCUGUUGAAAGUGGAUGACGACGUCUUUGUCAGCCCUCGAAACCUGAUUGGUUAUCUGAAAAGGCCUGAGACCCCAAACGCCAACCUUUAUAUGGGAUAUUGUUUCUACAACGCACGUGUAUACCGUUUUGGUAGAUAUGGUGUAUCCAAGGAAGAGUACAAUAAAACUAAAUACCCAGAUUACUGCAACGGACCAGCAUAUCUAUUGUCAUCAGAUCUGGUAGACAAGCUUGCAGAAUUGCUUGACACCAAGAAUGUAUUUAAAAUGGAGGACGUUUACGUAGGAUUAUUACUAGAGAACAUAGGGGGUGUGAAAGCCACUCAUCUAACUCGACGACAUUAUUCAUGCUCUCACUUCCCAAAUAUGUUUGCCUAUCACAACUCGGAUCACCGCUUAAAGUGCCUGGAGGAACUGUUUGAACAAGAGACAAAGAAAAUGUUUGAGUACGAACUAAAUGAACUUUCCAAAGUCAAAGCGUAGAUAAUGUAAAAACUUUGGAAAUGGCAACAUUUUUAUUGUGUGGGGUUGUUAAGGUAACUCGUUAGCUACACGAGAAGGUAUCGAGACUCUCAUUCUUUCAUCUUGACUUUAACACCGAAAAUACUGCAAAUCUCAUAAAGAGUCACCAGCUGGCACCCAUUGCGAGGGUGUAAAUUAACCGCCUGCAUCUAUUCUGAUUUUCGCGGCGGAAAAUGGUCAGUGUGACACGAUCUCCAAUGACCCUGAAAGAGAAAUACUUCAGUGGAGAUAAACUUAGCCUCCCACGCAGGCAUUUUUAGGGGAGCUCGUAUUUCUUCCCUCCCCGGGAGGGAAGAAAUACGAGCUCUCCUAAAAACGCCUACGUGGGAGGCUAAGAUAAACUAGGAAAAGAAAACAAAACACCCAAAACUUAACUUAUCUCUUGGCAGUGAAGUUUUUUCUGUCCAUUAUCUCCUCUUCGAUGAAGGCACGGACUUAUGCGCAAUUAAAUUUUGUAAACUGAAAUUACAGCAACAUCAGAAAUAGCCUGCGAGCAAGCUCUCCUAUUUGGGCGAGAAAAACGAGUCUCGCGAGAACGCGCGAGCGAGCGGCGAAGCCUCGCUCGCGCGUUCUCGCGAGACUCGUUUCACUCGCCCAAAUAGGAGAGCUUGCUCGCAGGCUACAACAGAAAAGCCAUGUACAUUCGAGCGAGCCACAUAUCUGCCUAUUCCUUCUAUCUUCGGCUUCUCUUCAACGAUUUGAAGAUCUCAACUGUAAUUUCUAAUUGAGUGUAUUUUGUUUCUUAUUCAUCCUUCUUUCCUUUUUGCGUAUUUAUCCUAUUUAUUUUAUGUCAAUCAUGCAUGCGCGCUCGUAUGGCCUAUUUUAAUCAAAUGUUUUUCGUUAAGGGAAUGAAAAAUAUUUUACUCUUUAAUCUAAUACUAUGCACGCUAUCAGCUUUGGUCGGCUUUAGGUGAUCGAACAUUAGUAAUUACAAUACCCACGGUCGCUAAAAGCCUUCCGCGGAAACAGGGUGUACGACACUGAGACCUCUUUGGGUGAGCCAAUCAUAGAGAGUUCCCAAAUUUUAUUUUUUCACCGCAUGACGCUUUGUUUCCCCGCAUGUUCUUUUGUAUGGUCGCAACGCGAAGUAAACCCCAACAUGCCUUCUCUACUAGCCCUAUGGAUAAAUCCCCCUAAAACCGUCUGUAAUCCUCACGAAUUACAAACACGUUUCUGCAACAUAAUUGACUGAAUUGACAUUAACAUUUCUCGCUUGGCUGAAAGCAGGAACAUAAAACGGAUAAAUCUGAACUUACCAGACUAACGCUAUAAGACACAGUCACUGUCUUUUUUUUUGUCAACUGAAAGAAGAUGUGAAAAAAAUGCAAAUUCCCUCUAUUUCCUUAACAAACAUUCCUCAUCUUACAUGACAACCCCAAUGUUGCUAAGGAGACAAAUCAGUGGCUUGCUGUAAACAAAAUUAAAUUAAUAAAUCAGCGCCUCUCCUGGCCUCGCCUCUCCGGUAGACAUUCUUAGAAUAGGGAGCUUUAGCAUUGACGACGGCGACGGCAGCGAAAACGUCACUUUUAAAAUGAAUUCGCGCUUUUUCAAACUUUGUCGCGCUUAUUCCAAUUCCCUGAAAAUGUCAAAUGCAAGAAAAUUUCCCUGGAGCUGAUUUCUUGGGGACCACACUCAAGUUUUGAAAGAGAAAGAACAAUAAGUUGUCGCCUGUUUACGUCCACCAUAAAACGUGAAAUUAGGCAUUUUCACUUCGUAGUCGUGCAGGGACCGCAAAGAAAUGUACAAAAAAGCGUGAUGCAUGUACAAAGUUGUUGUUUUUUUAAUCAAACCUAUUGCUUUUGCGACGUUCUCGCUGCCGUCGCCGUCGUCGUUGCUAAAGCUCCCUAAUGUCUGCGGGGAGGCUACUCCCUGGCCUUACUUUAUGACCUAGGUGAGUGAGUUAUUAACUUUCUUCCCGCUCCUGAAAUUUUCAAAACAGAAACAUCACGAAGUAAUUUUAACAUUUUCAAGGCGUGGAAAGAGAAGAAGGCCAUGGUGGAGAAUAAAAUGGACAAUAAAAUGUCUGGAUAGUUGCAACAAUAAAGAUACCCGCAAAAAACAUGACAACUUUCUUUAAUUUACCAGACUUGUUUCGACUAUACAUCCUUCACCACAGGUGGCCCAAGCGUAAUAUAGGCCACCUGUGGCGUAAUACAUCUGACCUGACAGUGUAAUAAUAAGAGUCUCUUAUUAUUACACAGACAGGUCAGAUGAUGUUAAAGUACUUAAAUCGCGCUGAAACUUCGUAAAAACAAAGACAACGACUCCAGGUAACAAUAUUUACACUUUAUCGAUAACUUUUAUCGCUUUUACUUUAUUUAUUUCAUCUAAGUUUGAAACUCUAUUUUUCCCGUACAAACUCUCAUAUUACGCCACCACAGGCCCAUAUUACGCUUGGGCCACCUGUGGUUUCACCUGCUGGUUGAGGUCGGGUUUCUCUCAUUUUAUGAACAUCGACUCUUUGAGCUUCACUUGGUAUUUAGUAGCUGCAGAGUCCAGGAACUGGAAGUAGACCGGUGUGCAGGAUGUUCGGCAAGACUCUGCCCUCUGCAGAUGUCUAAAAACGUUCGAAGACCUGUCGGAAAGGUAAUGCUCACGCACUCGUGUGAAGAAAUAUCACCAACAUAACAAGCAUUACAACUUACACACGAAAAUUUAUAAACCACCCAGGUGCAAAGCCUCUCAGGGACAGCAUCUUUUACUUUAAAAAGAUUCUUGAUUUUGAAAGUAGUAGAGACAAGCCUUAUACCAAUCGGUUUACAUGAUUGAUUAGCAAGUUUGCCUGGUUUGCGAAUACUUCUCUGUGCCGUGACUGAGAAAUUCCCAACGACAGGGAUUUUAAAAUAGAACUUAGGUGUUUCCUGGGGCUCGACUCCUGAUUAAGGUUGACAAUAAAAUGGGAUUGAUUAACACAAAAACCUUUGUUUAUGUUAAAGUUAGCGACAAAAAAGACGUAGAGGAAAGAAAUAUCCCUUAUCCCGAAUUUACUUACUAAAGCUCAUCAUGUGAAGUAUAGACAAGAGUAUAGGAAAGUGAAAAUGACAAUAACUAAUUUUUUCUCUACCUUUUAUGGGUUUUUGUCAUAGAUAAUGAGAAAUAAGGACUAAAAUAAUCAGAGGAACUAGUCAAGUCAACGUUCAAAACAUUUAACUCUGAGGAACCUGUUAUGUUCUAACGUUUUGACAAUGAAUUCGUAAAUCUGAACAUGUAAUUGAUACUAAAAAAUCUUCGGAUAGCUUUAAAGCAAAAAAGUAGACAACUGUGUAUUUUGUUUAACCUCGGGUACUAAAAUCCUUUACAUAGCAACCCUACGGUAGUUAUGUUCUCGAAGAAUGUUUGCUAAAUUUUAAUUAUUGGCAACCAUUUUGUUAAAAAAGACGGCGGCGCUGAAAUUUGUCUUGGUUGGUGAGUUGAAAUUGCUCUUUUUUACAUCCUUUCACAUAAGACUUUAUGGAUAAUAGUGUGUGCUGAAUACUAGUAUUUCUUGCAGCUAAGAUAUUUUUUAAUAAUUUAUUGUAAACACUUUGUUGUGCAUUUUGUUAAGAUGUCGCUUAUAAGUCCUGGCCUUAUACAUCUUCAGUAAAGGGUUUAAAGAGGUGGUAUAAGCGGAGUGGCUUAUAUCCGAGGGGGGUUUAUAACCAGAACAAAACCCUUGGAAAAAAGCUAUGGCAGUUUCAUUUACUGAUUUUAAAUUAAGCUUCCAAACGUCAUAAUAAAUCAAAUUCAGGUUGGAUGGCUUACAAGAGUCUUAUAAUUGGAGGUAGAAGGGGGCUUCUAUUCGAAUCAAGAACGAGAAAUCCAAAGACCACUGCAAAGCUGAUUCAGAACAACGUGUAUUGUUUUUUAAACAUAACAAUAUCUCGGCUGGUCAUACCAGCCUUCUUCAGGUUUACAGAUGUUAAUUUAAUCAUUUUCUAUUUAAAUGAAUUUUAUGUUACAAGUAGGUGGGCCCAUAUACAGCCCUAUAUAUAGGACUAGGGGCUUUUAAGAGGGGAAGCUUAUAAAAGGCAGUUUAAGGUACUUUCAUUUGGGGCGGUAGCCUACGUGUAGCCGCACCCUCCCCCCAUUGACUAAGGAAAAACGGAGAGCGGAGGGGGGGAGGGUUGCGACUACAUGUAGGCUAUUAGAGCGGCGGCUCGUUCCCCCCACUACAUCAUAGUUUUAUUUUUUUUUAUGUUUAUGGAGAAUAUUUCCAACCGAGAUAGUUUGUCUAAAUAGUAAGUCCCCUUAAGAACUAGGUUUCGGUUUUUAACAGUUUAACAGUUUAAUCCUGCAUAUGUAGAGAGUUUUCACUCAUGUGGUAAGCAGAUUAGCGCCUUUCAGAGUCUCUUCGCACCUCUCUGUUUGUGUGAGUGUGUGCCUUUGAUCGUGAAAAAAAAAGCUCAGAGUAGAAAGGCGCAAAAAAAAUAAAAGCUCACUCAUUCAAUUGUCAGGAUUCGGAACCGCGCUUCUCCACCAGCUGUUAGCUUCGCGUGCCGGAAACUUCACCACGCAUCCAAGGAAACAAAAUACAAGAUACAUUUGAUCUCUGAAUAUUAUCAGUCGCGAUCACGCAUCCCACCGUCUGAAAAACCAACACUUCUCACGCGAUCUCAAGUACAAAUAACGGGAAAAAAAGAAACCUGUGAAGCUAAUCGUGCAAACAUAUUUGUGUGUAACUAUAACUGUUUAUUAAUUGUGGCAAAGUUUACAGAAAGCAAUAUCCACUGCCCGCAGUUAGCAGAUUAGCUUGUCGCGGCGAGCAGUGGUUACACUUAUGUAAUAUAUAUACAAAUAGAUCACAAGAAAGACUAGAGAAAAAGAGUAAAAAAAAAUGUUAAAUAAAUAAACAAAUAAAUAGAAAUAAAUUUAAUUUCGUUAAGUUUACAAUCAUGUACAUUGCAAAUAUUAGAAGCCGAGCUUUUAGGAAAUUUUUAUUAUUAAGUCGGGUAAAUCAAUAUAAUCAUUUUCUUCUGAAAGUAUUCGGAGUAAAGUGUCCUGGACAUUAAUUUUAAGGUUAUUUUUGGACACUUAACGCAUUUCACGGUAAACUAUUCCAGAUUUUUACACCAUAUCUUGAAAGAGACUUCGUUUGUCUAACCUUGAGUGUUUGACAUAAUAGUCACCUCUUGAAGAUGAUCUUGUAUUAUAUGAACGAAUAAGUUAGACAUGUUAGUAGGUGUUAAGCUGUUAGAUGUAUCAUGUAUUAGAAUAGCAACGGAUUUAAAGUAGAGUAGAUCCAUGGAUAAUAGGAAGACCCAGUCUUUCUAUGAUAUCCAUGGUAGAUCUAAGGGAAGAAAAAUAAGGUACUGCAUGAGAAUUGUAGUCACCAAAGAACAUAAGGCGGAGGGCGCGUUUUUGAAGAAUGAGAAUUUUGUUUAUGUAAGUUUUAGCAGCAUGGCCCCAAGCGACUAUGCCAUUCAGUAAGUAGGGCUGAAUAAGAGAUAUGUAUAUCUGGUGUAGAGUAUUCAGGGGUGCAAAGUGUCUAAGGCUGGCAAUAACGCCAAUUAUCAUUCGAAGCAAAUUGUUCUUUCUUUUCAUUGGCCAAGAGCCCACCACGUGUCCUGCAAAUAACUACCUACAAAUAAUGGUCUGCUCAUGCGCAAUGCCGUCCAACUGUGUUUGGCUGCAAAUAAUAUUCUGCACAUGCGUAAAGGAAACCGUGCCUUUCUCCUUAUUGCGAUCGCUCUUGCGUGAAAAUGGCAGAUCGCUUCGCUUCUCGAGGAUACUCAUUAAAAAAACAAAGUCGGUGAUCGAAUGAUAAAACAAUUAUUGAACUCGGUUAUCGCAAAAUAUCGUGAUUUGUCAGUGUCUCGCAGAUCAAUUAUUUCCCGAAGUCGAAUUGAUCUGCUCGCCACAGACAAAUCACGAUAUUUUGCUCAACCUCGUCCAAUGAUUGCUAAUUGUUUUACUUAUUUUUGAAGCGAUGUGAGCGAUAUGGUAUUUCCAAUAAAUAUUUUCAUCAAUAAGCACACCUAGAUAUUUGACAUAAUUUUUGCUUUUAAAAGAAAUGUAUGAGUUGUUUUGAUGAUCAAAUACUUUCAAGUUGACUUGGUGAUUUAACUUUUUUUUUGUCUUUGUCUAAGAAUGACAAAGUUAGAUUUUUUUAUAUUUAGUGAUAAUUUAUUUGCGAUUAGCCAGUUAUAAACCCUAAAAAUUUGUGCAUUAACUGUAGAUUCAAGCAAUUUGAGAUUUUCGUCAGCAUAUAACAAAUUGGUAUUAUCAGCAAAUAAGUAGAACUUCAAUUUAUCAGAGCUGUUACAUAUAUCAUUUAUAUAAAUAAGGAAUAGUAAGGGUCCUAGGACCGAUCCCUGUGGGACACCUGAUAAUACUACUUCCUUCUUGGAUAUGUUUUUAGGACCAAUUUUUGUCGUUUGUAGACGACCCACUAGGUAUGAUGCAAACUAAUCAUUAAUCAUUCCACGUACUCCAUAAUGAUUUAAUUUUCUUAAUAAUAUUGAAUGAUUUGCUGUGUCAAAGGCUUUUUGCGAGUCAAUGAACACACCACAUGAGUACAACUUUUUAUCCAUGUUAGCUUCAGUUUUAUUAAUUAUGUCUAAAAUAGCAUGCUCAGUAGACUUUUUUUACACGAAAACCAUAUUGUGAAGCAUGACGAAUGUUGCACUUCUCAUUAAAUGACUUGAGGCGAUUAUACAUUAUCUUUUCGAAGAUACGGUUAAAGAUGGAGAAGAGUGAUAUGGGUCUAUGAUUGGAAGGGUCAGUUUCAUCACCACUUUUAUAAACUGGAAUUACUUUGGCAAGCUUUAAUUUAGAUGGAUAGGUUCCAAAUUCUAUUGAUUUACUGAUGAUCAUAGAUAGAGGUUGGCUUAUAAUAUGUUUAGCCAAUCUUAAAAUCCGAGUGGGAAAUGAAUACGACCCUUGUGCCUUGUUUAGUUGAAUUGUCAUUACUUCAGAAUCAAUUUCACAAGGAGAUGCAGGGUUAAAAAAGAAUGAACUAGCAAAGUCUAAGUUUGGUAGAUAACCAGUAAAUUGCUUUGGUGAAUUUGCUUUGGUGAAUUUUCUUUUGUACAAAAACAAAAAUAAAGUAGAAGGAGCGUGACCGUCAAAAACAUCUUUUCUUCAAUGGCCGACUGUCGUGAUGUCUAGUGUGCAGCCCGACUAAUAAAGGCAAGUAGAAUCUUUGUGGCUGCACGAAAAAGGCUAAUUGACAGUGAGAACUCAAGGGGUCCUUCUUGGCUUUUUGAUUGUCAUCGAAGUCGAGCCCGCGAUAUAAAAAAGGGGCUGCCAGUCCGAAAUCCGCCAGCUGCUUUUGCAAAUUAAUUGGCGCCAAAAAAGGGCGCACUUUUUAGUUUAAUUUCUUUCUUUGAGUCAUUCGGCAUAUAUUACAUUCCACAUAAUUAUGUCAUUCCGCAAGCCAUGCCACAUGCCAUUCCGCAAACUCAUUCAACCUUUUACCGUCACUGGGAAAACUACGCGGAUCAGAGAAAAGAACCGGCAACAAACAUUGCGAUUGGUCUACUCUAGAUUCUCUUGCCGGGAAUAGAUGUUCUUCAUUUCAAGCAAAUGCAUUCAUUUUGGGGUCUGGUUCCUGUUUAUAAAAAUUCCAUUCGGUUUUGCCUAAGUGGCCAUGUGUGUGAAACUCUAUAUUUUUUCCUCGUAGUGUAGUUGCUUUAAUAGUUAUUAAUUGCGGGAACGCCUUUUGCAAAAGUUAACAACAACAAUAAGCUUUAUUUGCAUGACUAUAAAAAACUGCUACAGUAUUGCAAAAGCUACAGACCAAAAAUUGUUGAUAACGUUUUAUGUUGAUUACAAUGGCUUAUACUAAAAUAAAAACCUAAUGUUUUCUAAACAAAGUCAAGGGAAACACUUGGACUCGAGAGAAAACAAAACUGUUUCCUUCAAAACUUGGCAUAAAGUGUAUAUUCUUCCAUAUGGAGUGAAAGCGAAACCGUCCCAGAGACUUGAAUGAAUGAAACGAUGACAAAAACUAUCGCUUUUAAUAAAAAACCUUUAAUAAAAGGACGAACAUCUUAACUCGUGGGCGGGGAAACCGUUAGAAAGAGACCUUGCCCGAGAUUGUAACAACAUUUGAUGAACUGAACCUGACUUGUUCAAUCAAAUCUGUAUAAUUGAAAGUGUUUUCCUGGGAGUUAAAGUUACUGCAAAUCACCUCCAUAACCAUAACGUACUCAGACAGCGGCACCCAACGACUCUUUUCUGUAAAAUAUCUGUUCGGAAAAGCAAAUAUUGCCUUGACCUUUCUAUUACUUGAGAACAGCUAAAAAUUUCUAGACGAACAUCCCCUUCAUUUACAAGUUUCUAAGCUUAUCCGAUAAAUUCCCCAUGAUUUUCUGAAGUCAAAUUUUUUACAUUUUACUUCCCACGUUAGGCUAUUUUUCGUAUAAAAAAAGGAACCCUAAAAUUUUCGGAUUCGAAAAUUUGAGUGAGAGAGGAAUCAGAAAAUGUUCAUUUUCGUGAUACGUUACCGGUAAAUUGCAUCUAAAAAUUUCGAGAGAAAGAUAGUGGAGCAAUUGUAACUUCGAAAAGACUUAAGUUCGCCCAGAAUGACCGAACAGAUACAAAUUUUAUAGCGCGCCUAGAAUGCAGUUUCUAGAGCUCUGGAUAGCCUAAAAAGUGUUUUCAAUGUAUUUAGGAAAAAACCGUCGUUGGUGCCCCUGAUCAGAUUGAUGAUCGUGAUGUUUAGCUUUUGAACAUACUCCUUUGUUUCGCACUUAGGGCUCCUACCAAAAAAAUAUCUGAUUCAUUCACCAGCAACUGGAAUCGUAACACUCUUUCUCGCUUUAACCCAUCAAAGCUCUAUAAGCGAGUAGACAACAAAUUCAUGAAGAGUCAGCAUAUAACACAACACAUAGCAAAAUGGGAAAUGGUUACUUAGCUCAAAGAGGACAGCGGAUUCUGACAAAAACAAAUCUUCGUAACGUACUACUCAUUGGAGUUUUAUCGAGCGUGCUGCUUGUUACAUAUUAUCUACUUCAGAGCUCUCGACGACAUCACAAGAAUGAUAUAAGCUGGAAAAUAAAUCCAUAUUUCACCAAACAAGAACCUUAUCGUCGACGUUUCUCAUGUUUGCUCUCUCGCAAACGUUGCGACCAAAACGCAUUCCUAUUCAUCUUGGUGCUUUCUGCCCUGCUAACUCGGACAGGAGAACAGUCAUUCGGAGGACUUGGGGAAUGAUCGAUCACUCAAAUGAGAUGGAAGACCGUGUUUCUCGUUGGUCAAACUUUAGACAACAACAAUCAGAGUGAAAAUAUGGCCGCCGAGGGUACGACAUACGGAGAUAUCAUACGAGGAAGUCACAUUGACCAUUAUUACAAUUUAACUCUGAAGACGCAAAUGGGUCUCGAGUGGGCGGCAGGAUAUUGCGAUUUCAGUUAUCUCCUCAAAGUGGAUGAUGAUGUAUUUGUUAAUCCCUAUAACUUGUUGGACCACCUGAAAAAGCCUGACACCCAAGUAACUAACCUUUACAUGGGACGCUGUUUCCACAACGCGCCUGUUCUACGUGUUGGCAAGCACCGAAUGACCAGAGAAGAGUACAGUGAGUCUACUUUUCCAACUUACUGCAACGGGCCAGCGUAUUUGUUAUCGUCAGAUUUAGUCCACAAAUUAGUGGAAUUAUUUGACACUUAUACCCCUUUUAGACUCGAAGAUGUUUAUAUAGGCAUGUUAAUACGUAAAAUAGGUGGAGUUGAGGCUGUAGGUCACUCAGGCUUUCGCACUCAGGAAUUUGGUGAGCCGUGCAAACAUUUUCCAAAUAUGUUUGCUUAUCACGAAGCUUCCGUAAAGUGUUCGGAGGAAUUGUUUGAAGAAGGGAUCAAAGAGAGACUAGCUUUAGAAUUUAGCAAAUUGGGAAAUGCUACAGGCUAA